CGCAACUAUAAACCCUCAUUUUGCCCCUCAAACUCGCUGGCUCAUCUCUUUCUUCCAGCGCGUAGAGCGACUGUUUGAGCCAGCAUUGCUACCAAGCAUACCGACGCGCCUUUUAAUUCCCCUGUGAAAAGCCCAAUCUUUCUUUUCAAUGGCGUCAUCAACAAUUCCUAGAAUCGUAGCUGCUUCUACGGCCUCGGCAUUCACCGCACGAAUGACGCCCGUGAGAUGCGUACGCCAGCUUCGUCUAGCUUCUCAAUUCGCUGCUCGAUCGAGCCAAUGCCAAACACUACGUCUUGCCGGCCGACAACCUUCAUCCAGAAUAGCACAUGGAGCUCGCUCGCUACAUGCAACCUCCCGCACAAGAUCAGCAGUUGAGCCUCCGGAGUAUUUGACAGAGGGGGAACGACAGAUUUUUGAUAAAUUGAAGGCAGAACUGGAGCCUUCGCGGUUAGAGGUGCAAGAUAUAUCUGGUGGAUGCGGCUCCAUGUACGGAAUCGAUAUUGUCUCGAAGAAGUUCAAAGGCUUGACUAUGAUUAAGCAACACCGCCUGGUGAAUCAGAUCCUCGGCGAUGAUAUCAAGCAGUGGCACGGAUUGCAGCUGAAGACGAAGGGGGAGUGAUUGCAAAGUUUACAUAUAUGACGCCCGCAUGUAUAUAUAUUCCAACAACCCGACAAGCGUCUGAAAGGGAUGAUAGACAUCCCAACCCCGGCGAGUCAGUGUAUUAUUAGAAUAUGGGUCAGGAUCAUCACGGCACAUGGGAUGGGCUUAGCACGCAACGAAAUGUUUCCUUUCUGUAUGAAAGAAUAUCCAUUUUCAGCUCCGAUUGCAACAGUUCAAAAUUUCCACUUUAGGAGUGCGUGAGGCCGAAAAAUUUCUACUACCUCGAUUCGAAAAGGAAACCAAUACCAGA